ACCCCACGCAACGUUCAUCCUUUCUGGACGCAGGCCGUCGGGGUUACAUCCUUUUGCACACAUCCAAUUUGCAUCCAAUCCUUAUUGUCCAGCACAUUAUGUCUCUCGGUGGAGAUGUUUGUCUUUCCCUCUGUUCCGCAUUUUGCAUUUGCUGCUCCGAGAGCUGCGCUGUAUGGUGUGUCUGGACGCAAUGCGGUGGCAAUCAGUGCUGCGGGUCCAACAAGUUGAACGAUGAUGAAUUUGAGAAGGAGGAGGCACGUCUCCACGCGGAGGGCGCACGGCUGGAACGUGAACGGGCGACUUCGUUGGAGAGGAGUAGUAAUGAAGGGAAGGAUACAUCAGCCGCUACCGAUACCCAGCCCACAGCGAGGGAUACGAUGAGAGCACAGUUCUCCCAGUUUUACCUUGACAGAUUCUGUUCCUGCUUCGAAGACUCUGCACAGGCUCGGUUUGAUAAGUGUGUCAUCUGCUCACAGGGCCGAAGGUUUCUUUUCCUGCACUUCGUGGUGUUGAAGCUGUUCGCGGAAUGAUAGGCUGACGAUGCCAAGGAAAUGGCAGCUCCGUAAGUCAUCUC